UCAUUUGUGGAUAAAAUGCAUUUGAUAACGAUAAAGCCCGUAAUACAAAGCAUAAAACAUCUAACGUAGCCCGUAAAUCGUGUAAAAUAUUAGUAUAAUGAAACCGAUCAUUCCUGUGUAUAUAAAACUUUAAGUCUAGUGUAAAUAUUUCCAUGUUUGUCAAAGUAAAGUACAUCGCACGAACUCAUUUUCUGGCUCGGUUGGAUUUGCGCUUGUCCUCAGUUUUGGUCGCCGUUAUCGGGGCGGAAGACGUGUUCAAACAUAAAGGAUGAAGUUCGCUGAGCAUUUGAGCGCUCAUAUAACACCAGAAUGGAGAAAACAGUACAUAAACUACGAGGAGAUGAAAGCGAUGCUGUACACGGCGGUCGAGGAGGCGCCGUCGGCCGAGAACGUGGAGCCCGAGGUCCUGUCGCGACACUUCGCCAAUUUCGAUGAAACAUUCUUCCAUUAUUGCGACCAGGAGUUGAAGAAGAUCAACACGUUUUAUUCAGAGAAACUGGCGGAGGCGACGCGCAAGUAUGCGACGCUGCAGAGCGAGCUCAAGUCACACUUCGACAACAAACCCAAAGGCGCGGGGAGAGCGCCACGACGGAAGGUUCAGGAGUUGAAGCUGGCUUUCAGCGAGUUCUACCUGAGUCUCAUCCUGCUGCAGAACUACCAGAACCUCAACUACACCGGCUUCCGCAAGAUACUGAAGAAACACGACAAGCUGCUCAACGCACACAACGGCGCGGCAUGGCGCGCGGAGCAGGUCGAGUGCUCACACUUCUACACCAACAAGGACAUCGACAGACUCAUCAGUGACACAGAAGCUGCUGUCACCAAUGAGUUGGAAGGUGGGGACAGACAGAAGGCGAUGAAGAAGCUCCGUGUCCCACCGCUGGGAGAGCAGCAGAGUCCGUGGACUACUUUCAAAGUGGGGCUGUUCUCUGGAUCCUUCAUAGUGCUGGCUGUGGCUGUGGUGCUUUCGUCGUUCUUCCACGAAGGCGGUACGGACAACCUCAAAACUGCCUUCCGACUGUACCGCGGUCCAUUCCUCCUGGUGGAGUUCAUCUUCCUCAUCGGCAUCAACGUGUACGGCUGGAGGUCUUCCGGAGUCAACCACGUGCUGAUCUUCGAGUUGGACCCUCGGAACCACCUGUCGGAGCAGCAUCUGAUGGAACUAGCCGCCAUAUUCGGUGUGGUCUGGGCGCUGAGCAUACUGAGCUUCAUAUACAGUGCGAGUCUGAGUAUACCGCCGUUCGUCAAUCCACUCGCUUUGGUCAUCAUAAUGCUGGUCUUCCUCAUGAAUCCACUGAAGGUGUUCCGACAUGAAGCGAGGUUCUGGUUUCUGAGGAUAUGUGGUCGGAUCCUAGCGGCGCCCUUCGCUGCGGUGCUAUUCGCGGACUUCUGGCUGGCUGACCAGUGGAACAGCUUCACGUACGCCUUCCUCGACCUCCACUACCUGGUGGCGUUCUACCUCGCGGGCGCUGACUGGUUCACUGCUAACAACGAGUUCGAGUCCACGACCUGGUUCAUCGUGACCCGCGCGUGUGUGAACAUAGUGCCGGCGUGGACGCGGUUCUGGCAGUGUCUUCGGCGGUACCGGGACAGCAGGGAGGCGUUCCCGCACCUGGUGAACGCGGGGAAGUAUAGUACCACGUUCUUCGUGGUGCUGUUCUCCACGCUGAGGGGUUUCUAUGCUGCUGACUACACGGACUCCUACGCAAACCCCUUCCUCUACGCGUGGUUGAUCUGCCAGUUCAUAUCGUCCAUAUACACGUACACGUGGGACGUGAAGAUGGACUGGGGGCUGCUGAGCGUCGGCCCCGGCGCGGAGAACCCGCUGCUGAGAGAUGAGAUCGUGUAUAGCCCGCAGUUCUACUACUUCGCGAUAGUGGAGGAUCUGGUGCUGCGUUUCGUGUGGGUGCCGUCGUUCCUGCUCACGGAAAACCACAUCGUGACAGGAGACACCAUGGUGUCUGUACUCGCGCCGUUAGAGGUGUUCCGCCGCUUCAUCUGGAACUACUUCCGCCUGGAGAACGAGCACCUCAACAACUGCGGAAAGUUCCGCGCCGUCCGCGACAUCUCCGUCGCGCCGCUCGACUCCAGCGACCAGGCGCUCAUACUGCGCAUGAUGGAUCAUCCGGAUGGAGUCCAUAAUAGGUUAACAAAGAAGAAGCAUCCUAAAAAGACGAAGGAGGUGGACCGGAAGCCUCUCAUCAAGAAGGAGUCGAUCCAGGAGCUGGCGUUAGAGCUGGACCUGGCGAAGGUGCUGUGACUGUGAUGUUAGUUAAAGUAUUAUAUAUUUAUAGAUA